CCACGCAGCGCGGUUCCGGCGGGUGGAAAGGAGGGGCUGGGCUCCCAGCGCCCGCCCCUCUAUCCAUCACAUGGCCGGAGAGUCACAAAAACAACAGCUUUGGCCAAGACCGUGACUUCAGGAAAGGGAAACCGGGGCUCUCGCAGCCAGCCCUCCUGCCCAUGGAGGACAGUUUCCUUCAAUCUUUUGGGAGGCUGAGCCUCCAGCAGCAGCAGCAGCAGCAGCGGCAGCGGCCGCCCCGGCCGCCCCCGCGGGGGACACCUCCGCGCCGCCACAGCUUUAGGAAACACCUCUACCUCCUGCGAGGCCUCCCGGGCUCCGGGAAAACUACACUGGCCAGAUGCUCAGAAUGGAGCAGUGGACAAAGGAGACAAAAAUCCCUGCCUUCAUGGAACAUGUAUUCUCUCAGAGAAAAAAAAUUCUCGAGGAAAAAAGGCAAUUUUAGCAUCUGCUCUGCUCUGUUCUCUCAAAAAAUAAGCAAAGGAUUUCACAGGUAUGCCACUGGAGGUAUAUAUCCCCAGGAAAUGUCCACAUACGCACAAGAGUCUUCUAGGUACUUGGGAAUCAUCAGUGAACAAAACAAAGAUCCUGCCCUUGUGGACCUUAUGUGCCAGAGACAAUUGCAGCAUGACUUUCCCAGGGCCCUGAUUUUCAGCACGGAUGAUUUUUUCUUCAGGGAAGAUGGUGCCUAUGAGUUCAAUCCUGACUUCCUGGAGGAAGCUCAUGAAUGGAACCAAAAAAGAGCAAGAAAAGCAAUGAGGAAUGGCAUAUCCCCCAUUAUUAUUGAUAAUACCAACCUCCACGCCUGGGAAAUGAAGCCCUAUGCAGUCAUGGCACUUGAAAAUAACUAUGAAGUUAUAUUCCGAGAACCUGACACUCGCUGGAAAUUCAACGUUCAAGAGUUAGCAAGAAGAAACAUUCAUGGUGUCUCAAGAGAAAAAAUCCACCGAAUGAAAGAACGGUAUGAACAUGAUGUUACUUUUCACAGUGUGCUUCAUGCAGAAAAACCAAGCAGAAUGAACAGAAACCAGGACAGGAAUAAUGCAUUGCCUUCCAACAAUGCCAGAUACUGGAAUUCCUACACAGAAUUUCCAAACCGGAGGGCCCACGGCGGAUUUACAAAUGAGAGCUCCUAUCACAGAAGGGGCGGUUGUCACCAUGGAUAUUAGAGGCCUAUCUUACAGCCAUGCAGAAUUUUCCUAAGUCAGUUUCUACUUCAAUUUCUGUUAUUCUUUGUUGCAUUUUGGUCAGAGCUCCAAUUCCAGUGUAAAUAGCUGAACUCAAAAGUUUCUGAGCAAAGUCAUUAUAUUCAUUAUCUUCACCAAAAUUUGUUAAAGUGCUUCUGUAUGCAUGGUCUGAUGCUGGGAAUUCUGCAGAUUUGAGUAAACAAUCUCUUUCUCUAGGGUAAGAAUUUGAAACCAAAACUUGAGAACACACCCAAGAAUAUAUUUACAUAGGUUCAUAGAUGAAAUAAAGUGUUUAUAUUAUAUAUAAGCUUCAGUACCAUUUUCUCUGAAGUGAUCUAUUUAUUUUUUCAGGAAAUUCAUCUCCAUCAGGAAAGUUGGGAAGGUGGAGAGAAGUGGUGGGGGCAGGAAAAGUUUUAGUGCCAUUGCUAUUUUGAUAAUCUAUGUAUCUAAAAAUGUGAGAUGUGCGAUUCUAUGAUACUGAUUUUCCUUUAAUAUGCCAGAAAGUAUUACAUCUAAGGGAACAUUGUCCUUCAAAGUAGACACUUUGGGAAGUUAUUCCUUUAUUUUAAUGAUGUAUCAUUGUUAAAAAUACUGUCAAAUCCUUAAUGGCUAUAGGAGCUACUGAGGGAAAUCAGUGUCAUUAUUUAAAGUCACACCUUGUGUUUUUACUACUUUAUUCAGCAGGAUUAAACCUGAAUAACUUUUGGCUGUUGUGCUAAUAGUGUAAAUCAAGUAAGCCUGCCUUCAUAAAACACUGACUUUUAAAAGGAAUAAACAACUUCUAAAAUUAUGCCUAUUAAUGUGUAAUUAGUUGGCAGCUCAAAUGUUUGGGAGUGCAAGAAGUUAGGCACCCCAGGAUAUAGGUCAUACAGGGAUAUAUAAAAGCCAUGCUCAUUACAAAAUGAGCAGUUGAUGUUUUAUGUGGCAUUAAGACAAUCAAGUCCUCACAACUCUGGAAUGUCUUCUUAUACUGAUGCUGAAUUUAUGAAUCCAAAUUAAUUUGACAGGUUGGAAUCAGAUUUAGUGUGACAUCAUGAUAGACAAGACCACAGAGGACGUAUGCUCUAUUUCUUGUUGGCCAACAGCUUCUUUCUAAUGUUCUGUGAAAAAUUAUUUUAAGUGUCUUAUAUAAUGGUGCUUUUAUGGUUAUUAAAAAUUGUAAAUGGUAUCACAUUUAUAUGGAUUUGUCACUGGAUCUUUUUUUGUUCAACAAUAAAAAAAUUUAACUACCUAAAUGCCAAGAAACUCAACAAUAUACCAGUUUUUCUGUAUCACAGGCUUAUUUACCAGUCUUUUUUUAAUAAUUAGGAAUCGUAAAGGUAAUGACAAAAGCAACCUUCUCAUUUAGUUGCUUAUAUAUUUGAUCUGUGUACAUGAGACUGUUUUAACAUUGUCUGACACUACUGAAACCUGCUCAACAUCUCCACGACUACCAACACCACAGGUGUCAUGUUUUCUUCAGUAACAUUUUAAAAACUGGUAUCUCCUUUGAGUAAGUUUGGCUGACAAUAGUAAAUCCCAAUGAAUCUAAGGUUUUAUCAGUUUUGCUGAAUUCUGCAUCUCCAAGCACAACGUAUAAUAAUCUCCUAAUGAUCCACUUCUUAAUAAUGCUCCGAUUUUCCAGGCCCAGGUAGUCCUGGGUAUCUUGGUUGAUAGGGUGGUGGCAUAACCCACUCAAUAUGGAUGGCUUGACUCAUCUGGGCUGGUAGAGGGGAGAAAUGUCAGAGAGGCCAAAGUGGAAAUUACCCUCCUUUGAUUUCACAGGAGCGGUUCAAAGGACCAGAUUCAAGCCCUCCUGACUUGGCUGGCUCCCUGCUUUAGGGUUUUUGGCUCACCUGGGUUAAGUGAAUGACCACUGUGGAGAAGUGGCUCUGGGUUAUAUAACUUUUGUAGAGCGCCAAAGAAUAGUUUCCUGGCCUAUUUAAUGUCUCUUCUGUCCCUAGCUGACCCCUGAAAUAUUUGGUUUGUAAACCAUAAAAAUUGAUUAAAUGCCAUCAACUUUAUCCCCUAUAGAAGUGAUCUGUUUUUCCUUUCAACUCCCAUGGCUUCUGAUUUGUAUAACUCUUUGAACACCCAAUAUUGACUUGUAUUGUGUUCACUGCAUCAUUCAUAGAACUGGCAAAUGCUCUUUAUGUGCAAUAGGGUCUCAUUAAAUGACUGCUGAAUAAAUAACACAAAUUUUUACCAUUA